CAAUAAAUUCAUCUCAUAAAAAAAUUAACCUUAUUAUUUGGGCAAGCAUAAUAAUGGCAUUUCAUGAAAGCAGAGAAUCGUUAAGCAAACGAUUAUGGACAAAACCGGCCUUGUGAAAGUGUAAACAAAAGUUUUAUCUGUUCCUCAGUGAAGAUAGAAAAUAUUUGCUCUGAGUUAAUUAAAUUAUUAUUUUUUGAAUUUUGGAUGAAAGAGAUUUGAUAUGAUGGAAUGCAAUUCUACUCAACAGUUUGUAAUUGUACCAGAUACUAAAAGCACAGCAAGGAGAAUUGGACGACCAAGAAAAUCUGAUUCCGAAAGGUCUAAUUUCAAUUACUUCAUUCCUGAAAAGAAAACACCUCCGAUUCCUUUAAAAGCACCAGAUGGAUUAUAUUGGUGUAAAAAAUGCCACAGAUAUUUUAAAAAGCCUCGCCAGUUUAAUGUUCACAUUUGUCUUUCUACUGAAAGUCAGGAUGAAGUCAUGGAGGAUUUAGAAGAUGAUAGGGAUACAACUGCAGAUUUUAAAGUUUCUAUGCAUGUCCAUAAAUAUCCUUGGUCUCGAAGAAAAAGGGCUCAAACAGAAAAAAUAACAGCCAAAAAACUUGACCCAAUGAAUAAUGAAACUACUGAAUGUCUUGAAGGAGAUUCACUGGAAAAAGUUGCUAAAACAGUAUCAAAUUGGAGAGAUGAACCAUUGUAUGUUCCACUUUUCAGUUCAGAAAGUGAGAAGGAGGCUUUUGAGAAACAUUUAAAAACCAUUGACUACAGUUGCGUUGAUGUUUUAUUCAAUAAGCUUGAAAUUAAAUCCAAAGUUUUAUUCAAUAAAAGAAGGAAGCUAGAUUCUGGCAUGAAAUACAUGUGCAUUACAUGUGAAAAAAUUUUUAACAGCUUGUGUCAUAUACGCAUGCAUUGCUUGACUCAUACGGACCUAAAACCAUUCACUUGUCCAAAAUGCCCAUACAGAUGUAAUGUCAAAGCUGCCUUAUAUACCCAUAUGAGAACCCAUACUGGUAAUUUGUUUACUUGUUCUCAAUGCAAUUUUCAAAGUACUAAAAGAAGCCAUCUAUUGGACCAUGAGCAAACUCACUCAACUGUUCCUGUCUCUUGCCAACUUUGUAAAAAUAUGUACAAGAACUUAAAAUCAUUGAUUUUCCAUGUUAAAAAAUAUCAUGCUAAUGCUAGUGGUAAAAAGUAUGUCAAAUCAUUGUCUUCAAAACAAAUAAUCAAAUGUGAAAUCUGUGGUAAAACAUUUACUUCUAAUUCAAAAUUUGAAACACAUACAAAAUAUUUGCAUUCUUAUAAUAACAGCAGUUUAGAACAAUUAAGUAAUCAAAGUGCUUGCCAAAAAGAACUUGAAAACUCGUUAAAUAAUAUAAAUACAUCUGGUCAUCAGAUUUUAUCUGAAUCUAAUGUUUGUAUUGAUGAUCCUCCUGAAGUCAUACUAAGCAAACAACUUAAUGAAUUAGAAUCUGAAAGCUCAUUUAAUAACAGUUGCACAAGCUUUGAAAACCUUAUUUGUGACAAUACAUCUGUUAUUCCUACUUCUGCAUCAAUAGGUAGUCAAAACCAACAAGAAAACUCUUUUGAAGUUUCAGAUGUGGCAUCAUUCCAAAAAUUACCUCUUUUGUUAGAUUGCAGUGUUAUGCUUGAACCAUUAGAUGACCAACUAGUCAAUUACCAUCAGUAUAUUUAUAAGUGUUCCGUCUGCAGUCAAUCCUUCUCUUCUAAAGCCGUUCUGGAAAAUCAUGAAAUUCUUGACCAUUCUUCCAGAAUAUCAUCAGAACAAUUGCAAACACAAGAAGUGAACCAAAAAAUGUCUAAGAAUGCGUUUGAAAACAUAGAUUUCACAGACACACAAGCUUUAUCAUCCCUUUUGAAUUGCAGUGUUAGAAUUGAACCAUUAAAUGAACAGUUAGUAAUGUUGAAUAAUCUCUUGCAGCAAAAAAGUGCUCAGAAUAUGGAGAUUUUUGAUAAUGUAUAUCAACAAUCAGAAUCUCAAAAUAUUCUUAACUCUAAUACAAUGCUGAGUAAACCUAUGUCUGUACCUACUACUCCAGAAAAGUAUCCACCCAUCAAUAAUGAUGCCUUCCCUUCAAAAGCAAUUCUGGAAAAUCAUUCUUCUAAUGUCUCAUCAGAACAAAUAGAAACACAGGAAGUAAACCAAAACAUGCCUGAAAAUACAUUUCAAGACAUAGGCACUCCAGCUUUAUCUUCUCUUUUAAAAUGCAGUGUUAUUAUAGAACCAUUAGAUGACCAGUUAGUAAUGUUGAACAAUCUGUUGCAGCAAAAAAAUGAACAAAAUGUAGAACUUUUUGAUAAUGUAUAUCAACAGUCGGAAUCUCAAAAUAUUCUUAACACUAAUACAAUGUUAAGUAAAACUGUACCUGUAUCUACCACUCCAGAAAAGUUAAUACAGACCAACAAGUCAAUAUCUUCAGAACCAAUUCUGGAAAAUCAUUCUUCUAGUGUUUCAUCAGAACAAUUGAAAACCCAAGAAAAUCUGAAAACACCUGAAAAUACAUUUGAAAACAUGAGUUUCACAGAAACGCCAGCUUUAUCAUCGCUUUUGAACUGCAGUGUCAGGAUAGAACCACUAAAUGAUCAGUUAGUAGAAUUAUUGUUAAGCAAUUUAUUGCAACAAAAAAAUAAUGAUCAGAAUGUUAAAAUGUUUGAUAGUGUAUUUCAGCAAUCCGAAUCGCGAAACAUUCUGAAUUCUAACUCAGUUUUGAAUGAAGCUCUUUCACCCUCCACCAGUCCAGAAAAGAUACUACCCAUUAACAAUGUUGAUCAAUUCCACCUUGGUAAUGCUUCUAUGUUAGAAAAUUGUCACAAUAAACUUGAUAUUCUUGACGAAUGUUUAAGGCAAUCAAAUAUAGCAGAUCCUAACAUGACCGAACAGCGCUCUACAACUUUUAAGAUGUCAGAAAUGUCACUAAAUUUCUCUAAUAACCAACUUAUGUUGCAAUCGUUAUCUGAAAAUUCAAGUGAACUUUCUAAAACAGUUCUUCAAGUAGAUUCUGAGCAAAAAUCAGAAGAGAUCAAGCUUUUUGAAAAAUGCCGGAAAGCUCCAGCUUAUGUUUGUUGUGUAUGCUCCAGCAUUUUUAUUUGUACGUCAACUUUAAAAGCUCAUUUAAAGGAACAUGUUAACAAGAACAAUAAUCAAACAUCUCUUGUUGAAUAUCCUGUAAAUAGCUUUAAAUCAGAGGACUUGACGACUGAUGAUUCUUCUCUCAACAAUGUUUGCAGUGUAUUGCAAGAAUCAUCCAAUUCUGAUGUUGAAAAUGAGUUAGAAAAACUUUAUACUUCUUCACUUCAUAAAAGGUGGUAUUUGCCCGAAGUCAGUGUUGUCUUGGAAAAUGAUCAAUCACUUAUUGAUUCCUUUUUGGAUGAAUUUCCUAUGAAUGACAAGUUCGAUGACCAAGAAAACUUGCCACUUGAAAGCGUAAUAUUUUCAUGAGUUUAUUAUGGAAAAAUUACCCUAGCUUUCUUUGUAAAACAUGAAUACAGUAUUAUGCGCUUGUUGGGAUCCUGUUAUAGAAGGGGCUGAAAGUAAAAUACGUAGUUGCAAUGCUGCUCAAAAUUUCAUGCUUUAAAAAAAAUUUAAACAAGUUUUUUUCAUUUGCUAAGGAUUAAUAAUUAAUUUUUUUUAAAGCUUGUUUUUAACUUAGCUCUACAUAAAUCAAAGAUAAUUUAUUACUAUUAUUUUUUUAUUUGUCUGAAAUUAUUGAGAGGGACAUAUCCUUACUUUCCUUGUGCAAGUUAUUUUUAACCAGAGUAAGACCAGGAUUAUCAAACUUAUUUGUAACUGGCCCUAAUUCAGAUUAUAGAUGUAACACAGUUUUUUUUUUAUUUAAUUUUGUGAAUUAAAUCUGAAAAUUGAGGUUUUUUCUCUAUUAAUAGGGUAGGUAUUGAAAAUUUUCUCCAAUAAUAUUUAAUUCUAUGCAGUAUUUAAUUUAACAACCAUUUAUUAAAUGUCUUUUUGACAAAUAUGUAUAAAUAUAUAUUUUUUAAAUAAAAUUAGCUUGUACUAUUGCUCCAGAUUGCUCCCCCUUUUUUUUUAAUUAAAUCAUUUGUACAAAGCAGCAUCUAUUUCCAAAUCGUUAACUGAUUAAGGUUGAUUUCAUUGAUUUUUAUUUCUGUAUAAGAUUUCUUCUGAUUCCAUUUUUAUUACAAUAUAUGUUUUUCCAGUACUGAGUGCUUCUUUUUAACAGAAAGGAAAAGCAUGUUAGUUAAAUUGAAAUACACUAAUGAGGAAAAAAGAAAAUUACAACUUUCAGAUGUCUUUAGGAAAACCAAAGCAACCAACCAAUAAAAUAUUUAUUUGUUACUCAUACAAAAUAAUCUCUUCUAUGGCUUAUGAUUUAUAGCUUUAUGGCAAUAUUUUAAAAUAAACCUAUUUGUUCCUAUCAUUCUUUUUAUAGAACAGUUCCUUUUAAAAAAAAUGGGGGGAGUGGUAGACUAAGUAUUUCAUUAUUCGAGUUCAUUUUCAGAAAAAAGAUUGUUCUGCCUUCGUUAACAGAACAAGUGCGAUGAAUGUCGCAAAUUUAUUUUGGCAUUGCAUACCAACCAAAUAUUUCAAAAAAUUUUUGAUAAAAUUAAGUUAAAACUGUUUUUGUUUUCUCUAAUUUAGUUUAAAUUAGUCAUUUAAAUUUUAAGUACUCUAUUUUAGCAAAGCAGCUAAUUUAUCAUAUAAUGUACUAGUAGUUUUAUCUUCUAAACUUUCAAGUGUGGAGCAUUCAAAUACUAACAUUUUAAGGUAUGCUCCGCAAAUUUGUUUUAGUAUUCUUUUAUGCUGUUGCAGAUUUAUCUAUAUUUUUCUGCUAAUUGGGUUCUAUCUGCCAUUAUAUAAUUUAGUCAUUUAAAUUUGAAGUACUCUAUUUUAGCAAAGCAGCUAAUUUAUCAUGUAAUGUACUAAUAGUUUUAUAUUUUAAAACUUUCAAGUGUAGAGCAUUCAAAUACUAACAUUUUAAGGUACUAUGCUCUGCAAAUUUGUUUUAGUAUUCUUUUAUGCUGUUGCAGAUUUAUAUAUAUUUUUCUGCUAAUUGGGUUCUAUCUGCCAUUAUAUAAUUUAGUUUAAAUCAGUCAUUUAAAUUUUAAAUUCUCUAUUUUAGCAAAGCAGCUAAUUUAUCAUGUAAUGUACUAGUAGUUUUAUCUUUUAAAACUUUCAAGUGUGGAGCAUUCAAAUAUUAACAUUUUAAGGUAUGCUCUGCAAAUUUGUUCUAGUAUUCUUUUAUGCUGUUGCAGAUUAAUACAGAUUUUUCUGCUAAUUGGGUUCUAUCUGCCAUUAGAUAUUAAUAAUAUAAUUAUUUAUAUAUUUUUAUCUGAAGUGAUAGUACAAUGCUUUUUUAAAACUUAAAUGGUAGCUGAUGAAGCGAAAUAUCUUCUUGGUUUGUACAAAUAUAUCGUAUAAAUAUGUUUUUGUACUACACCUUUUUUCACCUAUGUGUUUUCAUUUAUAAACUUUUUGUGACCUAACAUAGAUCGGUUAGGGGAAAAAAAAGUGUGCGGAAAGUUCGAAAUAUUGAGGUUUUACUAUAUUUAAUAAUUUAUAAUGCUUGGAUGAUGACAGCGUUAUUAUAUUUUAAAAAAAUGAUAUUUAAUCUAGUUUGGGUCUAGUGAAGGAAUUGAUCAUGAAUUAUGAUUAAAUUUGUUUCGUUAUUUUAUGGGAUCUAUUUUUGAACCCAAUAUAAUUGUUGGUAGUUGCUGUUGGUUAUUAUAUUUAUUUGAACUUUUUUUUUUAAUCUAAAAAAGAAAAAUUCAAAGUGCUUUUUUAUAACAAUAUACAGGAUGACCACUACAGGGAAAUAAGGCAAUUUUAUCAAUCUUGAAUUUUAACUCAAAUACAGGGGAAGAAGUUGGGAAAAUGAAUUAAUUUUAGAUAGAGGUACCUGCAAAUGCAAUUUUUUUUCUUCCAAAAUUACUAUCAUUUAGUUGUUUUUUUUUAAAUUGUUUAUUUUUAAUUCUAAUUGCAAGCAUAAACAUUUUGUAAUAUAUAUAUUCCAUUUAUAUGAAUAUAGCAUAGCUGAAAAGUAAAUAAGGAAAUGUAUUCCUCUGGUUACAAAAAUAAGGGAAAUUCGAUAAAAUCAUCUAGAUAAAUCAGGGAAUUUUUUGUUUGUGACCAUCCUGAUCUAUAAAUAUGUUCUGCCAAUUUUUUUACAAUUCUUUUUUGGACAAUUCCACUGUGAUAAUAUUUUUAUUUUGUAAAUAUUAUUUGAAUACAUAUAAGUAAGAUGUGCCAAAACUUUCUGAUAGUUGAUUAUUUUAAUUUAAUUAUGCAAGCAACUGCUACGUUGUAGGCAGUUUAAGUCAUAUCUUUGUUAAGUUUUGUUCUUAUUCAAAUUUCAUUUCUAAUGUGAUAAAUAAAACAUUUAUUCUACUUA